AUGAUAUCCCUUCGCCUAAGGCCACGGGGUACCACCUAUGCCGACAAAGAUUUCGUGGUGUCCACCUACCACAUGCCUUGCCUUUUUCGUGACAUGAAGGUGAUGGUCAUCCAUGCGUCCCUGGCUGCCCAGUGCGCUUUGGAGUUCGCAGGAGACCUACCCCUCAUCCUCGCUGGUGACUUCAACUUCCGGCCUGGUUCGUCGCCCUAUAUUCUCCUCACGAAUGGCUCUCUCCCAGAGGAGCACCAGGACCAUCCUGGCCCCUGCGAGGGCUGGGAUCUGGACUCGGAUCUGCGCGUGCUGAGGAGUGCCUACUACGAGAAGCACCAGGGUGGCGAACCCAACUUCACGAACUACUCGUGGACCAAGGAGGAUGAUGACCCAUUUAUCGGCACUUUGGACUACAUCUUCGUGUCCAAGCAUCCUGAGGUGCUGCAGGUGGACCGACUCCCCACCAUUCACCAGAGCAGGGAUCAUCUUCCGCACGGGCAUGAGCCGUCGGAUCAUCUCAUGAUCUCGGCUCGGCUCCUUCCCCACGGCAAGGUGGCGACACAGCCGCCGUCCAACGGCAGGAUGGCCAACUCGUUCCAGCGCCCUGAGGCUAAGGCCAGGCCUUCGAAUGGCAAUCAGCCACUCCGAGGGCGUGGCCGAAGCUUCGGCAGUUCCGGCAGUUUCUUGCGGAGGCCACUGUCUGUGUCGAAGGCGACGAAGACGGAGAAGUGA